AGACCGGGUUGAUGGCCGAGCAGAUGGGGGUGCAGCUGGGGAGGAGGAGCUUGAAGGUGAAGAAGCAGACCCCGCUGACAACCAUCGACGAGGACCAGGAGGGCGAAAGGCCGCGCGCUGCCACCUGGGCGCCCGGCUACGCCGAGGCGCGCAUCAAGAAGACGUGGCUCACCAACAAGCUCGGCGUGGAGGUCUCGUCCCUGUGGCAGGCGCCGGAGUGGCUCUCCUCGACCGUCGAGGUCACGGACGACCCGCACCAGGCCGAGUCCUGGAGCCCCGCCGCGCUGGCGGUGCUGGAGGAGGACAGGCAGUUCAACCAGGA